AUGACGCGGCCAGGGAUUGGUCUGGUGAAAAAGCUCACAGGGCUGUCGCAUUCAAACACAGGCAGUUCACAAUCCCGCACGCCGGUGUGCCUUGUCUUAGGUGGCACUGGCCUGUUGGGGAAGGCGCUGCAGGCGACAGUCCACGCGCUGGAGGAACAAGCGGGAGAUCUCGAGGGAUAUCGCUUUGUGUUUGUGGGAAGUCGAGACGCUGACCUAAGGCUCUGGUCAGAAACCCAGCUUCUCUUUCAAAAACAUCAGCCAAGUGCCAUUAUUCACCUCGCGGCAAAAGUUGGAGGCUUAUACGACAACAUGCAAAACAAUGAAGCCUUUCUUCGCGAGAACUUGCUGAUAAGCACAAACGUUGUGAAUGCCGCACGGGAGGCAAAAAUCCCCCGAGCAGUCUUCUGCCUCUCCACAUGCGCUUACCCCGAAGCAGUGCCGAAGUUACCGCUUGUCGAAGAGUAUUUACACAUAGCACCAGCCCACCCGUCUAACGAAGGCUACGCAGCAGCCAAGCGUUUGCUGGAGCAGCAAGUUCGCUUUAGCCGUCAACGGCUGGAAGAAGAGAAUCCGGGUCGCGACGGGAAGCUCGUGGUUCGCGGCACUGGACGAACUCUUCGGCAGUUUCUGUUCAGCGAUGAUGCUGCACGGCUGCUGCUCCUCCUGCUAGUGAAGCGGGAGAUUCCACAGACGCAUUGCCUGCUCAACAUGUGUCCCGACUUAGAAGAUAGCGAAAUUUCAAUCAGCAACUUGGCGUUGAUAAUUAAGCAGUGCUCAGGACUUGAAGGGCCACUUGAGUUCGAUGAAGUGGCUCCAGAGGGCGUCUUGAGAAAGCCUGCUGACAAUUCGAAACUGAGAGUUAUUAUCGGUCGUGAAUUCCUUUUCACUCCUCUCGAGGAAGGCGUUCAGAAGACGGUGGACUGGCUGGCAGAAAAUAUAGGUCGUGCGCGCACAUGA